AUGCCCACCGAGCCCGAGACAGCACAGGCCCCAGCAGGCGCUACAAGGAGCACCUUUGUCGACACCUUCGAGAGCCAGCCUGGCACUCCUGGCGAGAGGACUGGCCACCUCUUCCCUACCAUCCAGCGCAUCCGUAACAGCAUGUCUGGAGAGGCUACCGGUCCUUUGAAGAAGCUCAUGGUCGCCAACCGUGGUGAAAUUGCCAUCCGUAUAUUCCGAACAGCCCACGAGCUUGCUAUGACCACCGUCGCCCUCUACUCGUUCGAGGACAGAAUGAGCGCCCAUCGAUACAAGGCCGAUGAGGCUUAUCAAGUCGGUGCUGGUCUCAAGCCCGUUUCCGCCUACUUGGCCGUUGAUGACAUCAUCCGAGUCGCUCUCGAGCACAAGGUCGACAUGAUUCACCCCGGUUACGGUUUCCUCUCCGAGAACCCCAACUUUGCUAAGAAGGUCGAGGAGGCUGGUAUCGCCUUCAUCGGCCCUCGUCCAGAGACCAUUGACGGUCUUGGUGACAAGACCAAGGCUCGAGACCUCGCCCGCAAGGCCAAUGUUCCCAUCGUACCCGGUACCCCUGGUCCCAUUGCCAGCUUCGAGGAGGCCAAGCCCUUCGUUGAGGAGGUUGGCUUCCCCAUUAUCAUCAAGGCCGCCAUGGGUGGUGGUGGACGAGGUAUGCGUGUCGUCCGCAAGAUGGAGGACUUCAAGGAGUCGUUCGAGCGUGCCGUCUCCGAGGCCAACUCCGCCUUCGGCGACCCCACCGUGUUCAUUGAGCGCUUCCUCGACAGACCCCGCCACAUCGAAGUCCAACUCCUUGCUGAUGGCGAGGGCAACGUUGUUCAUCUCUUCGAGCGUGACUGUUCCGUUCAGCGUCGUCAUCAGAAGGUCGUCGAAGUAGCUCCCGCACCCAACCUCCGCGACGAUGUCCGCCAGGCUAUUCUCAAUGACGCCGUCCGUCUCGCCAAGACUGCCAACUACCGAAACGCUGGUACUGCCGAGUUUCUCGUCGACCAGCAGAACCGCUACUACUUUAUCGAGAUCAACCCCCGUCUACAGGUCGAGCACACUAUCACCGAAGAGAUCACCGGUAUCGACAUUGUCGGUGCUCAGAUCCAGAUCGCUGCUGGUGCCACUUUGGCUGAUCUCGGUCUCACUCAAGAGACCAUCCAGAAGCGUGGUUCCGCCAUUCAGUGCCGUAUCACCACUGAGGACCCUGCCGCCAACUUCCAGCCCGACACUGGUAGGAUCGAGGUCUACCGUUCCGCCGGUGGUAACGGUGUCCGUCUCGAUGCCGGUUCCGGUUUCGCUGGUGCCCAGAUCACUCCUCACUACGACUCGUUGCUUGUCAAGGUCUCGUGCCGUGGUGCCACCUACGAGGUCGCUCGUAGGAAGAUGCUCCGAUCCUUGGUCGAGUUCCGUAUCCGUGGUGUCAAGACCAACAUCCCCUUUUUGUUCCGUUUGUUGACCCACGAAGCCUUCGCUACGGCCAACACCUGGACUACCAUGAUCGACGACACUCCCGAGCUCUUCAACCUGGUCCAGACCAAGAACCGAGCCCAGAAGCUCCUUGCCUACCUCGGAGAUGUCGCUGUUAACGGCAGUUCCAUCGCUGGUCAGGUUGGCGAGCCCGGUCUCAAGGACGAGAUCCAGAUCCCCACCUUCAGCGACCCCAAAGACCCUUCCAAAACGCUCGACACCACCAAGCCUUGCACCGAGGGUUGGAGGAACAUCAUUGUCAACGAGGGUCCCGAGGCUUUCGCCAAGGCGGUCCGUGCUUACAAGGGUACGCUCAUCAUGGACACCACCUGGCGAGACGCCCACCAGAGUCUGUUCGCAACACGUUUGCGAACCAUCGACAUGGUCAACAUUGCCAAGGAGACUUCCUACGUGCUCAAGAACGCCUUCUCGCUCGAGUGCUGGGGUGGUGCCACUUUCGAUGUUGCCAUGCGCUUCCUCUACGAAGACCCUUGGGAGCGUCUGCGAAAGAUCCGAAAGCUUGUGCCCAACAUUCCUCUUCAGGCUCUUGUUCGUGGCGCCAACGCCGUCGGCUACACUGCUUACCCCGAUAACGCCAUCUACGAGUUCAGCAAGAAGGCCGUCGAGUGCGGUCUUGACAUCUUCCGUGUCUUUGACUCGCUCAACUCGCUCGACUCGCUCAAGCUCGGUAUCGAUGCUGCCAAGAAGGCUGGCGGUGUUGCGGAAGGUACCAUCUGCUACACUGGUGACGUUGCUAACCCGAGCAAGCACCCCAAGUACACCCUCGAGUACUACCUCAACCUUACUGACGAGCUCGUCAAGACCGGUGUCCACAUCCUCGGUAUUAAGGAUAUGGCUGGUCUCCUCAAGCCCACCGCCGCCAAGAUGCUUGUCGGUGCCAUCAGGCAGAGGUACCCAGACCUGCCUAUCCACGUCCACUCGCACGACACCGCUGGUAUCGCUCUCUCGAGUAUGCUUGCCUGCGCUGAGGCUGGUGCCGACGUUGUCGAUGUUGCCAUUGACAGCAUGAGUGGUCUCACCUCGCAACCCUCGAUGGGUGCCCUUGUCAGCGCUCUUGAGCAGACCGGUCUUGGUGCCGGUAUCCGCCACGAGGACAUUCAGAACCUCAACUUGUACUGGAGCCAGGUCCGCCAGCUCUACCAGUGCUUCGAGGCCAAUGUCAAGGCUUCGGAUUCGUCGGUCUUUGAUCACGAGAUGCCCGGUGGGCAGUACACUAACCUCAUGUUCCAGUCCCAGCAGCUUGGUCUCGGCACUCAAUGGAAGGAGAUCAAGACGGCUUACAUCCAGGCCAACAAGCUCUGCGGUGACAUCGUCAAGGUCACACCCUCGUCCAAGGUCGUUGGUGACUUUGCUCAGUUUAUGGUCGCCAACAAGCUCUCUGCCCAGAAUGUUAUCGAUCGUGCUGACAAGCUCGACUUCCCCAGCUCCGUCAUCGAGUACUUCCAGGGUUACCUCGGUACUCCCCCGGGCGGCUUCCCUGAGGAGCUCCGCAGCAAGAUCAUCCGUGACAAGAAGCGCAUCGACGGUCGCCCUGGUGCCAGCAUGGAGCCCAUCGACUUUUCUCAGGUCAAGAAGGACCUUACCGCCAAGUACGGCCGCUCGAUGAGCGCUACCGACGCCAUCAGCUACGUCAUGUACCCCAAGGUGUUCGAGGAGUUCCAGGCCUUCCUCGACCAGUACGGAGACCUCAGCAACUUGCCAACUCGCUACUUCCUUGGCAAGGCUCACCCAGGAGAGGAGCUCCACGCCUACAUCGACCGCGGAAAGCUUCUCAUUGUCAAGCUUCUCGCCGUCGGUGCUCUCAACACCAACAACGGUACCCGAGAGGUCUUCUUCGAGCUCAACGCCGAGCCUCGUGCCCUCACCAUCGAGGACCGAUCUGCUGCUGUUGAGACUGUCACACGUGAGAAGGCUUCGUCGGACCCUGGCAGCGUCGGCUCGCCAUUGGCCGGUGUCGUUGUCGAGAUCCGAGCCAAGGAGGGUCACUCGGUCAAGGCUGGUGACCCGCUCUUCAUCAUGAGCGCCAUGAAGAUGGAGACAGUUGUUUCGGCGCCCGUUGGUGGACACGUCAAGCGUGUUCUUGUUGAGCAGAACGACUCGGUCUCCCAGGGUGACUUGCUCUGUGAGAUUGAGCACUAA